GUGCUGCUCGGGGAAGGAGCUGGUGGACUGGCUGCUGAGCGCGGGGCUGGCCGUGCAGACGCGCAGCCAGGCCAUCGGCGUCUGCCAGGUGCUGGUGGACGGAGGAGUCCUGACCCACGUGAAGCAGGAGUGGCAUUUCCAGGACAAGGACACCCAGUUUUAUCGCUUUGCUGAGCUGGAGCUGAGCCCUGAGCCCGGCGCUGGGCUGCGGGAUGCGGAGGAGCUGCUGGAGGCUCUGGCCUUCCUGGCCCAGCUGGGUCCCGACGCGCUGCUCACCAUGGCCCUGCGCAAGCCGCCUGCCCAGCGGACAGAGGAUGAGCUGGAGCUCAUAUUUGAGGAGCUUCUCCACAUCAAAGCCGUGGCUCAUCUCUCCAACUCGGUGAAGCGGGAGCUGGCAUCCGUGCUGAUGUUCGAGUCCCACCAGAGAGCAGGCACCGUGUUGUUCAGCCAAGGAGACAAAGGCACGUCUUGGUACAUCAUCUGGAAGGGCUCGGUGAAUGUGGUGACCCAUGGCAAGGGCUUGGUGGCCACACUGCACGAGGGGGACGAUUUUGGGCAGCUGGCGCUGGUGAACGACGCACCCCGGGCGGCCACCAUCAUCCUGCGAGAGGACAACUGCCACUUCCUCCGAGUGGACAAGCAGGACUUCAACCACAUCCUCAAGGAUGUGGAGGCCAACACCAUGCGCCUGAAGGAGCACGGGAAGGUGGUGCUGGUCCUGCAGAAGAACCUGCAGGGUGGCAGCAACCAGCCAGCCACGGCGCGGAGCAGCAGGUACUUCGUGAUGGCUGGGACACCGGAGAAGAUCCUCGAGCAUCUGCUGGAGUUCAUGAGGCUCGAUGCCACGCUCUACGACCCUGUGGACACGCUGCUGGGGGAUUUCCUGCUGACCUACACCGUCUUCAUGCCGACCUCGCAGCUCUGCAGAGCUCUGCUGCACCAUUUCCGUGCGGAGCCACUGGAGGGCUCGGAGCAGGAGAAGGCCACCUACUCCCUGCACAAGAGGAGGAAGAUCCUGCGGCUGGUGAGCCAGUGGGUGCUGCUCUACGGGCGGCUGCUGCAGGGCGACCGCAGCACCACGGCUCUGCUGCAGAACCUGGCUGAUCUGGCCAGCCAGGACCCCCGCCUGGGCGGGCUGGUCCAGGAGCAAGCACAGGAGCGCCGGCGGCCCCGAGCGCUGGAGAACGGAGAUGGCAGCGUUUCUCCCCAGCCCAAGGCUCGGAGCUCGGGGAACUGGCUCUCGAGCCAGGAGGAGGCCAUUCUGAGCAGCAGCUGUGCCUUAAGAGCCCAGGACAAAGUGUCCUACGAGAUCUACAGACCCGACCACUCGUGCCUGAUGACGGUGCUGCCGGUCAACGCCUCGGUGCGGGACAUCCUGCGGGCCCUGGCCCCCCGGCUGGGCCGGGACCGGGAGCACAUCCUAGUGAAGGUGAAUUCGGCUGGAGAUAAAGUGGGGCUGCAGCCGGACGCCGUGGGGGUGUUCACGGCACUGGGGCUCAACGAGAGGCUCUUUGCCGUGAGCGUGGAGGAGUUGGGCAGCCUGACCCCCCACCCCGAGCAGCUGGGCCCUCACGUCGGCUCCUCGGAGACCCUGGACCUCAUCAGCUCCAAGGACCUGGCCAGCCACCUCACCGACUACGACUGGAACCUCUUCAAGAGCAUCCACCAGGUGGAAAUGAUCCACUACAUCGUGGGGCCGCAGAAGUUUCACGACGUGACCACGGCCAACCUGGAGCGGGUGAUGCGGCGCUUCAACGAGCUGCAGUACUGGGUGGCCACGGAGCUGUGCCUCUGCCCCGAGGUGGGCAGGAGAGCCCAGCUCCUCCGCAAGUUCAUCAAGCUGGCUGCACACCUCAAGGAGCAGAAGAACCUGAAUUCCUUCUUCGCGGUGAUGUUUGGUGUGAGCAACACGGCCGUCAGCCGCCUGGCCAAGACCUGGGAGAGGCUGCCCCACAAGAUCCGAAAGCUGCACUCGGCGCUGGAGCGGAUGCUGGACCCGUCGUGGAACCACAGGGUCUAUCGUCUGGCCGUCGCCAAGCUGAGCCCCCCCAUCAUCCCCUUCGUGCCCCUCCUCCUCAAAGACAUGACCUUCAUCCACGAGGGCAACCGCACGCUGGCCGAGAACCUCAUCAACUUUGAGAAGAUGCACAUGAUGGCAAAGACGGUGCGUGUCCUGCAGCGCUGCCGGGGCCACGCACACGCUCCGCUCUCCCCACUGAGGAAUCGCUCCCCGCACCGGCCGGAGGACCCCAAAGCCGUCAGGAUCUCCACGUGCUCGGAGCAGUCCCUGAGCGUGCGGAGCCCUGUCUCCACCUGGGCCUACCUGCAGCACCUCAAAGCCAUCGACAGCCAGAAGGAGCUGCUGCGGCUCUCGCACGACCUGGAGUCCUGAGGGGGCCGUAGGGGGGAAAAGGGGAUGUGGCAGCCCCUCUGCCGGCGGCGGGGACAGUCCUGGUGGCUCUGGUCCCAGUAGCACUGGGCAUGGGGAUGUACUGGAGCCGGCCAAGAGCAGCCUCUGGCCACCGGCACCGGGAUGCUGGGAUGCAGCCGGGCUGCGGCCAUCGAGGGCCAGGGACAGCGGAGUGAGCAAUAGAGGUAUUUUUGUACACAAGGCUGCACUCCCCUUUCUUCUCCGUGCAGCAGCCUGGAUUCACUCCCUGCGUGGGCCAGGGAGGAUGGAUGGAGCCCUGGAUGCGCCCCCUGAUGCUGCCUCCCCUUGGGGUGCCGGGCUGGAAGGUGCCCCGUGCUCCCAGAGGGACUUGAGCCAGAGCAUCCCUACGAGCAGGCAUGUCUCCAUCGGGAUGCAGACACCCAGGCUGAGCUUGGGGUCUGGCUCGUGCUGCUGCGCUGCCCCACAGAUCCUGGGGGCAGCUCCAGAGGGGACCUGCCCUUCCCUCUGUCCUGUCUGUCCCAUGGGAGGUGUUGGCUGCAUCCCCUGUCCCAUCUUCUGGGAGCUGCAUGACCCCAGGAGCCCAUGGGGAAAGUAUCUUGAGCCCUCCCAGGACUGUUGGGGCUUAAACCAGCCUUGGGCUAACCACAGCCUUCUCCGUGCCUCAGUUUCCCCACAUGGAUGGGGGCAGGAAUAGCCACCUACAGCCAUGGUGCAGAGGCAGGAGAGCAUCCCUGGUGGGAGGAAGCUGUGGUGGCCUCGUGAUGGAGAUGGUGACCUGCUCUGGCCAUCCCCAACCCCUGACCAGUUGCUGUUGGGGGUUUGGGGGAGAUGUCUCUGAAGGAGGCAGAGCUGAUGGACCCGGGGUGUGGGGGGGACCCCUCUCCCUCCCUUCAGAGCAUCUUUGUCUGCCCAUGGAGCAAUUUUAGCAAUGACCUUCCCAACGCUCUGAGCAGGCCUGGGUGAAGCUGUGGGGUUCAGGGGAGUUUGUGGCCCCCCAAAGCUCCCACAUUGUCUGGGUCCCAGCGUGGAGGAGGCUCGUAGCCCCUGGCAGGUCUGUGCCCCAGCCAGGACACCGUGGAGCCACAAGCCAAAGCCCCCCCAAGCCUUGCCCCAAGGGCUGGGCUAGAGGGGACCGGAGCUUUGCUGCGUUAAUUGUUCUUUUCAGUAUCACCGUGCAGAUGAACGGGUUGCUUAAAAUAAAAGUCCCCAUCACACCUAAA